AUGAAUGCCUCUUUAGCCGCGGUUCCCGAGCUCAUUAAUGCCGAGGCUGCCGUAGAGGACAAGGAACCGUACGAGUUUUCGCAAUACCUGAUUCUGUCCAAGACCUAUCAGGAGGUUGUGUCGACGCUGGAUGUGGAGAGCCGCAAGAAGAAAAAGGCCAAGGAGGAGGAGUCGACAUUCUUUUUCCAACCUGAGGAGGAGGUGCUGCUGAAGCACGCGCUGGCGUAUGGGAGCUACUCUUAUAUCAAGGAAAACGACUCGGUGGCCGACAGCAAACGAGCAUUCCAGCAGGCGGGCAUUAAACCCGUCGGACACAUGAUUUUGAUUGAAGCGAGCAAGUUCCCUGGCGCUGUCAAGGCCAUCACCCACUACUUACAGCCACAGCUGUAG